UACCUAAAUCUGUGUUGUUGCUUCUCCUCCAAGAAUCAUCCGCCCCAAGACUCCUUAAUCAGAGCUCCGAGUACUCUCUUUGAUCCAUUGUAAUCGAAACCCGAGAACCCGCCAUGGCAUACCCUCGAGAUCCGAAUAGCGACGAAAACGAUUCGAAUCGCCGACUUUACAAUCCGUAUCAAGAUUUACAAGUCCCAACCAAUAUGCUAUACAAGCUCCCCACCUCUCCAGAGCAUCUCUUCCCGGAGGAAUCACUUUUGCAGCGCCGCUCCUGGGAGGAAAAUCUCACCUACUAUAGCGGCAUCGGUUAUUUAGCCGGCUCCUCUGCCGGCGCUGCCAAGGGCUUUAUAUCCGGCCUCAAGUCUAUCGAGUCUACCGACACGCUGAAGUUGAGAAUCAACCGGGUCCUCAACGGGUCCGGUCACGCCGGAUGCCAGAUCGGGAACCGGUGUGGAAUCAUUGGCAUUCUCUAUGCCGGACUCGAUAGCGGCAUUGUGCAUUAUAUGGGUAGUGAUGAUGUUAUCAAUAGUGUGGUGGCUGGGCUAGGCACGGGUGUUCUCUACAAGGCUGCAUCCGGGCCGAGGUCUGCGGCUGUAGCCGGGGCAAUUGGUGGUGUGCUCGCUGGGCUCGCGGUUGCUGGGAAGCAGGCAUUAAAACGAUACGUGUCCGUUUGAACUAUUUAAGCUUUAUCUUGCAUUGCUUUAGUGGUUUUGAUUAUUACUUCAUCAAUUCUUUAACAGUAUAGAUACUAUCAGUGGUCAGAGGUGCAACUUUAAUCAUACAAACGAAUUUUGGUUAAUAUACAUUAUACUCUUCCAUGAUAUUUCGUCUAAGAGUAAAUUCAUGUAGUAGUAGAAGAAAUUGGUUAAGAAUAGGCAGAAUUUUGUAUCAUGCACUUCUUUUUCGCCUCUAAUUAUAAUUGCAUAUAAUAUUUGCCGUUGGAAAGUUUAACUUUCGCGUAAAUAUAACCUAAUAAAUUCCCAGAAUUUUCUAUCAUGCAGGUCUUCUUCGCCUCUAAUUAAAAUUGCAUAUACCAUUUGCCAUUGGAAAGUUAAACUUGCGCAUAAAUAUAUCCUCUGAAUGAUUUGCACUAACUUUAGUUUCUCUGUACAUGAUAUAAUGCAAAAUAUUUUUCAUCGUUUGUCAACUUUUCUGUGUUAGACUCGUAGUUUUAGCUUUCAAUGAGUAAAGGGAUCGGGUGUGCUGGAUCGAAAGGAAUUUAUGAUAGGUUGCUCACAUUCAUACUGUUCUAGGGCUAUGACUUUGAAGUAAUUGCUAUGCUCUCGCAAUGUUUUAGUGUUGAAUCUGCUUGUGGGUCAUAUUGAUUUCACCUUAAUAGGCUUUAUAUAUGCUGUUUGCACUGUACUUGCAGUUCUUGCGAGUAUUAAUGGUUUUGGUAUAAACAUGCGUUGAGAGAUUAACUUCCUUUUUUUAGUUAAAAAUCAGAUUUAUAAUAAAUUUCGAAAAGUUCUAAGUUUUAUGAAAUGUAUGGUUGAAAAAGUAGUGUUAUGUAUUGGGGUUGUAAUCUCAGUUUAGGUGGUGCUCUAUGAUCCAUUAAAUGAAAAGUGAAGUUAAAUGAGUCAUUUAAUCACUGUGGGGGCUAAAUAGCACUACUCGUGGUUGAAAAUGAGUUCGAGUAAAUGUGAGUUUUGGAGAAUGAGGGCCAAACAGGGCUAAGUAUAAUUAAUUUACAAUUACCAAUAUUUCAUGGUUUGAUGCGCUUGUGUCGGAGUUCAACAUCUACACUCUAUGUACGCAUCUGGUGAGCGUGAGACCAGGGGUAUUUUACUGUAGCUGUUAGUUGUUUAGUUUUCUUUGAAUCAAGAUCUUGUGAAAAGACUUCAUGACACUUGUGCGCAAAUUCUUGAUAAGUCCUAUUGAAAUGCAAUGAUAAUGUUGAAAUACCAUUCAAGUCAUCUUUAAAAAACUAGAAAUGAAUAAUCUGUGUGAGAAGGUAAUAUUUAGGAUAGUACAUUAUCCCGUUAAAAUGUAAUGGUUCUUCGCCCUAUGGGAUAAAUGUCGAGUAUUUUUUUUUAGCGUGGCUGCUAAUUUUGCAGCUAUUCUUGAAAGAAUUGAGAGAAAAGUUGUCUUUGUGAUUAGAAUAAUAGUCUGUUGGGGAGAUAUUUUUGAAUGUCACUUUCUUGGGCAGCUAUUCUUGUAAGAAUUUUCUUUACAUCUCUGUUGAUGAUAUAUUUAUUAUCUAUCACAUGAAAUUGCAAUAUUCAUUAUGCUAGUGCCAUUCACAUUGUUGCGUUGAAAUUCUAUCAUAAGAACAAAAUAUUUAACAAAAUGUAGUUAUAGCUUCACUAUUCCCUUCGGAAAAAUUCAUAUAUGCGUCAUUUGAAAAUAUUAUUUUAGGUUUUACUGGGCAACGUUUAGAAUACUAAAAUACUUUCUUGUUUAUGAAAUAUAUUAAAAAUUACCGACUUCCAAUAAUAGAAGCCAAAAAAAGAAAAUCAAAUCAAUAAUAUUAAAAAUAUUAUCUUGUAACUGAAAUGUUUUAAUACUCCAUAUUUCACGCCUCCCAUUAACACCUCUUCCUAAAAAAGAAAAACAAUUCAAAAAUCUAAUUUGGUUGAAGAAGAAAGGCUUCGUUGAUUAAUCACACCGUGAUUUCUGCACUUGACGAGAUAAGAGAAAUCAUUGUAUCUACAACCAAAAAUUUCCAUCUUGAAACCGGUAUUUCACACUCUGAAUCAAUGUAUUUACGGGUAAUGUCUCUAAACUGGGAUAUGUUUUCAUGUAAUUUAUAUCUCACUUGUACAUUUGGAAAUUUUUUUGGGGAUUUGGUUAUAUACAUAAACAUCCGUUGAAUCA